GAGCAUAUAAAUAUCGCGCUGUAUCCUUCAAUCAUGAAGAUAUACACAUUCGUGCCUGCCAGAAUCUUCCCCCUUCAAUAUGACACGGAUCUCAAAUUUAUCUCAGCUCUUUUGCGCGCUCGUUUUUGGGGCGCAAGUACAUGCUGCUAAUAUUCCACAAGCAUUGCAACCUGAUAGACGUCCUACAGUUCGUCCCUCUCCAAUUGUAGAUCCUACCCCUAUAACAUGUACUACAUCGACCAUUAGUAUAGGAUGUGGAAGAAAUGCUUGCCAAAGUGCCUGGGCAACAGCUUUCACGUCGUCUAAUACCUACGUAAAAUCAUUCUGCUCCUCAUUUACCUCCUCAGGACGCAGAAAUACCCUUGCAUUUGACAGUAGAGGACCCGCAGGCGCAUGCACAAAAGGUCUUGGCAAUGCUGCCAUCCAGUCCUCCAUCUCAUCAGUUUGUUCAUGUUACGCUGGCCCCGGAGUUCCAACCACCGCAUUCGUAACAAUCUGUCCUACCUGUCCAUCAAUCCGAACGCAAACCGUCACAACAUCUGUACCCACUACCACUACUAUUGUUCGAAUUGCCGAUGGAAGUGUCAAAACAAUAACUACUAUCGUGACACUAGUCGUCGACCCACCACCACCAAAUCAGAUUACUACCACAACCACGCAAUUUAUAACGCGUUCAGAUCUCUCAGCAUCUUGUACCACUACGACAAAUGUCCUAACUACAACCCUAGUUACAGCCAUCUACGACUAUUUCACCUAUAUAACCACCACCACCUAUCAAGCAGGUCGUUAUCCAUGUGAUACUACACCUUGGCAAUCACCGAGCGCAACUACCGUUACAUUGUACACACCAUACUGUAAUCAAAUAUCCGAACAUAUUAUUACAAUAACCAGUACUGUUACUGCCGGUCUCCCAUUGCUGCCUCCAUCGUCCGCAACAUGUGAGCCAGCGAGUAUAACAACGGUAACUUUAGUAAUUGAUCCUCUACCCAUCGAACAUACAACUACCGAGACAGUAACGGGUGGAAUUUGUACAGUUACGACAACAGAGACAAGUACUACUACUUGGGAUGAUAAUGGAUUUUGGCCAACACCUACUCAGUCGACUUUCUCGCCAAUUAUAAUUGAUGAUGGGGGGUUGACUUGGAGGGAAACUUUGGCGGCGCCAAGUCAGGCUACUAGCACAAGCAUUUCAGUGAGAGAAGAGGAAGGUUAAGUCCUGGGCUAGAAUGAGAUAUGUAACAUUGGAAAAAUGGCUGUCAGGGGAAGAUAUGGGGAGUUGAUAGAAUCUAUGAAAAUGUUCUGUGGA